UCGUUCUCUGUAGUCAUGGCUGAAGGGGAAGCCAAGAAGGUGCCGGGAGAUGUAGCUCAGGAGAAUGCAACUGUCAGUGCACAAGUUGUCAACGAGAGAGAGGAUAGAGAUAUAAUGCUGGCUCGAGUAGAAAUGGAGAAGAAGAUGUCCCUCAUCAAUGCAUGGGAAGAUAGUGAGAAAUCAAAAGCCCAAAACAAAGCUCAGAAGAAGAUAUCUGAAAUCAGUUCAUGGGAGAGGAGCAAGAAAGCAAACAUAGAAUCUGAGCUGAACAAGAUUGAGGAGAAUCUGGAGAGACAGAAGGCAGAAAGUAUAGAAAAACUGCAGAACAAGAUUGCCAUGAUCCACAAAUCAGCAGAAGAAAAGAGAGCAAUGACUGAAGCGAAACGCGGGGAAGAUAUUCUCAAGGCAGAGGAGAUGGCAGCAAAAUAUCAUGCCACUGGAACUGCUCCAAACAAACUUCUUGGAUUGUUCUGAACCUGAAAUUCUCAUCAAGUUUCUCUGACAGGGAUGCCUUUACUUUAUUCUCAGUAUUAUGUGCUAAUAUGGUCUAGAAACAAUUGCAGAUUGCUAAAAUCUACCUUUUAUAUGAUGCUGUAUAACAUUAUAUGAAUGUAUAUAACAUUGACAAGAUUCUGAUCUUGUUAUGUGUUAAGAGUUCCACA